AUUCUAGUAACACUCGAAACCUCACUUACGUAUGAUGUAUAAUCCAACAAGCGUAAUUCGUUCGUUAUAUCGGAGCGAAAAUUCUUGCAACGUACUUUAGCGUUUUCAGAUCGGAGAUAUGUUUAGCUUGUUUAAGCUUUUACAAUGUAUAAAUAGUAGACGGACCCAUAUAUGUGCAACAAACGAAUGGUUUAAAUAACCUGAUAUGUUUGGACGAAUCUCUCAUUUACCAUGCCAAUCGCAUGGACCGAAGUUCUAACACUGAGAUUAGUAACAUUGUACAGUAAGCAUGAGUGUCUGAGGGACCCGUUUCAUCCGGACUUCAACAAUAAGCUAUGCCGUUACAAAGCGUACAAGGAGAUCGUCGAUUCUAUGAAUGUCUGCGGACUGACGGUAUGCGACUGCAUAAAAAGGAUCACCUACGUGAAAUCCCAAUAUUGUUACGAGUUAUCGAAAAUCAGCGCGUCGAUCGCGUGCGAGAAGUUUUACAAGCCGGCGACCGCCUGGUUCCCGAUGAUGCACCGGCUAUUCUUCCCGUUCAUGGCAACGUACACGUACGCAGACGGUUUUUGUAAGCAACGCGACGAAAAAACGAACAGAACCGAGGACCAGUUGACGCACUCGAACUUGAAGGAACACGAACCAUCCGGCAGAAAUUGCGAUUGCCCUUACGCAAUCUGUUAUUGUAACAAAUCGUAUAGAACCAGACCUUAUGCGCGUCUCAAAAAACCGGAGAAACCGUUUUCUAUUCAAGCAGAAUAUGAGAACGCGCCUGCCUCGCGAGCGAAGGACAGCUUAUAUUCGCGACCGAAGAGGGUAUCUCGAAUCGACGCUGGGAACAAUACCAGGAGAUCGAUUAACGCGGAAUGCUCGACUCAGACCGAUAUGUCUUGUUUCAAGACCAUCUGCACCGCUUGCCAAGUCUGCGUGCAGGACGAAAUAUCUUUGAAUUGCGCGAACCUCGCGAACAUCUUGAUGAAAAAUGACUUGACGGCCGUUAGUUUCACGGAUCUCGUUCCAGGGGAGGAGGACGUUAAUGAGAAAAGGAAGACCGACGAAUUCGACAUGUUCGGCAAGAGUAUAGCGUUUCAAUUGCGGAACAUAAGUUUCGAGAUCGCUAUUAAGUUAGAGAAACGCAUACAAGAUCUGAUCGCGAAGGAACGGCUGGUCAACAUGAAAUCCAAGUGUUCCGACUGUUGCUCGUCGUCCAGCUGCAGCGAGUGCAAACUGAUACACCAGGGGAUGAUGUGCAGCUGCGGGCUUCCGGUGAUCAUGAUCAAGACCGAUCCGUCUUGCGAUUUCGAUUGCAAACAACGGACAUGAUUUUGAUAUCUGUAUUCGUUCAGUAAACAAAAUUUUACCAAAGACAUCUUCUAUCUUUUUGCAAUUGUUUUCGGCACAUUAUUUCUCACAGAGUCGCGGGAUAAAAUUACGUUAAGAAGAUACCGUAAAGCGAUGAUCUGACGAACGGUUCGAUCUAUCGCGCGAUCAAUUUCAGUCGUGUCACCCAACUGGAACCAAACCUCGUCGCGUGGGCAGAUAUAAAAAUUAUAAAUGUAAAAAAAUAUAAACACUGUUUCCCCACAUGUGACUCAUUUAGAAUCGUGUUGUUUCGUAAAAUGUCCAAGUGGAACGAAAGUUUGGUGGUCUGCUUUUUAAACGAGUACAGGCAAUAUCCGUGCCUCUGGAACCCGUAUCACAAGGAUUACUAUAAUUGCCGGGAGAAAAAUGAGGCGUUGCGAAGGAUCAUCGAACACCUCGGUGUACCCGGAUACACCGUCAACGACUACUUGAAGCAGAUCAAGAUGAUUAGAGAAAAGUAAUGUACGAUCGGAACUUUGGUAAUGGAUAUUGCGAAUGAAGCGCAGGAGGAAACAAAAACAAAACCGUAACUUAUCGUUCUUAAAACGCUGAACUUCAUGUUUUAACAAUCGCGAUUUAUGAUAAUGAACAACGUGCUGUGUUUUCUACUUGUUACUCUAAACAUCGUAGUCAUAUUGCACAGAAAUUAUUUACAUUUAAAUAAGCGAGCAUUUUAAUUUGGACAGAUACAAACAAGAGCAAACGCGAAUGAUCAAAUGUCUGCGGUCUCAAAAGCAAUAUAAAUCGCCAUUGUCCUGGUACGAUACAGUGGCGGAUAUGCUGA